UUCUAUAUAUCUGAAUUUUCUUCGUUGGCGAAAUCGAUAACAGAUGCCGUUUACCUUUUUCCUCCAUGAUUGUGCUGCAUUUUUGCAUAAUCUGCCCACUAUAGCACUUUGUCCGUACGUCGGGCGAUAUUCGACCCUUCCGUCUUUCUCUUUUCUUUCCCCGAUAGGUACUCACGUUCUAUACUCCUAUAGCUCAUUAUAGGGAGAACCUACGACGUACUCGAUUUGUGCGCCGAAAAAAAUUACUUUGAACAUCGAGUUCGACGGUGCGCGUCCGUCUGGUGUAUGGGUAUAUGUGGUCUGUCUAACUCUUAGACCUUACUACCUUAGUGCCGUUUAGUUCGUUGUGGUUUUCUUGCUGACUGCUGACCGGUUGUUGAACAAGCUCGACUAUGAAAUAAUACUAAAAUACUAUCGUAUUGCUGUCCAGAAGCAAGCGUACACACAUUGGUUGCGACAAUCCUGCCCAUAUCACCAUACGAUCUUAACGUUCAAGGAUCAUUUACUCGAAUACUAUAAACACGUAUCAGUCGUGUAAGAUACAUACACUAUGGACAACGAAAAGGACAUUGAGAGCGGCCAAUCAAUAAAUGACAAUAAUAUGGAGGAUAUUUCUCAACCAGAUUUGCUGUGCCAUACCUAUGCAGUUGAUUCUCAAGUGGCAAGUAAAACACAUUUAGACAUAAACCAUUCAUUGUCAUUUAGUAAUGCUUCUUGUGAACAUUCUAAAAUUCAAGAAGAAGAAUGCGCUUUUUUAACAAAUAACCUACAGAGUGUUCAUCUGACACGUGACAAUCCAUUAUCCAUUAAUCUUCCAUCACGGAGACGUCGAUUGAUACCCAUCAACAAUAAACCUAAUGAUUAUGACUAUGAAUCAAGUUCCGGCAGUGAAUUCAGUGACAAUACUGAUAGAUUCUUAAAUGUGGACCUCGGAAACAAAUCAAUACCUGAGUUAACAGCUGAAGAAGAACUCAAAGAUGAACGAAACUGGAGGUCUUGUACGGUAACUGGUGUUGUUAGUAAGAUUGAUAUGAAAGUAAUAGAGCCUUAUAAGUGUGUGCUAUCACAUGGUGGUUAUAUGACAACUGGUUCACACAAUGCUAUUAUUGUAUUUAGUGCAUGCUAUUUACCGCAUCGUGAUCGUGUAGACUACAAUUAUGUUAUGAAUAAUCUAUUUGCAUAUGUUGUUUCAACUUUGGACCAACUAGUUACAGAAGAUUAUGUUCUAGUCUAUCUUCAAGGGGGUACUUCUAAGGAUUGUGUUCCUGGUUUCUCUUGGCUGAAACGUUGUUACAAGAUGAUUGAUAGAAAACUAAGGAAAAAUUUGAAAUUUUUGUAUUUGGUUCAUCCGACGUUUUGGUUAAAAACUCUUGUAUUAAUGAUCAAACCAUUUGUAAGCUCAAAAUUUGGCAACAAGAUACAUUUCAUCAACAGCUUAGAUGAACUCUAUGACUGUGUGCCAGUUGAAAGAGCUAGUAUACCAGAUAGGGUAAAACAAUUUGAUUGUACAAAAUCAAAUUCUAACAAGUAGUAUUUUUUUUCACCCAUCAACUAUUUAUUAAUAUUACUACUAUUGUUUAAAAUUCUUCCUUAAGCCUAUAUACUAGCCUAAUUUUAUCAGUCUGCAUUAGUUAUAUAGCCCAGGAAAAUAACUACUCAUUUUAAAACGAACUGUUAUAUUUAUUAUAUAUAUAUUUUUUUCUAUUCUCUGUAGUUAUGUUAUUUAUUAAAAAAGAAAAAAAUAUUUACACUUAAAGCUAAAUCCACUUAUAAGAUGAUUUUUUAAAUCUAAUAUUGAAUAAUUAUUCACCAUUUUAUUU